CACACAUUACAGUGUAUUCUAGCUAAUAAAAGCAACUGACAAUUACUUCCCUUAAGACAACUAAGACUUGGGCUUGCAGCUGACGUGUUGGUGGCCGGUCCGCUUGGGCCGUGAACUUUCACAACGGAGUUACUUUGUGAGACAUGGCGUCCGCUGAGGGCGUCACCUUCCGUUGGGAGGUUUUCAACAGAUGGUGCGACGAAUACGCGGACCGGCACCAGGGUAUGAAGCCCAAGGUGGAGGACGUAAGAAGGUGGCAUAGGGAGAACGCGGAGAAGGUCUGGCCUGACAGUAACGAGCGCCCUUCGGUCUUUCUUGCAGUUAGCCAUAAUAAGGGCCGAAGAGUCCGCGGUCACAAGACUUGCGAGUACUACAAGCGUUAUCGUGCUGGCAAGGCCGCAGAGCAACAGCGUCUACAACCCGCAGCGCUGUCGGGCCGCCGGAUUCUAGCCGUCACGGCGGCUGCUCGAAAGCAGAACAGCGAUGGUGGACGUGGAGGACCCAAAAGGCCCGCUGCGGAGGAUGGUUUAUCAACCGAGCUAGGCCUAGAGCAAGCGGAAAAGCGCCGCCGGACGCACUCCUCCGCACGCUCACGGCACGGCUCUGCAGGGCACUCGGGACGGGGGCGAGCCAGGCGGUCUUCAUCAGAAGACGUUUCCGACGACCCUUCGUGGGCGUCGGGUGGCGACACCAGCGAUGAGGACAGCGGCUCUGGAGGAAUCCACGGCCGCGGGGGUUCUUCUCGACGGUCAGCGGAAGCACUCGGAGCGCACCUGCAACACCACGCAGGCGUGCACAUCACAGUCGUACGACGCGACCCGGAAGGCCGUGCCAUCCACGUGCAAGCGCAGCCGCAGCCCCUGCAGCCCCUCGCAGAGGUCCUGCCCGCAUACGGGUUCGGCCAAGACGCUGAUGCUACCGUUCUGGGGCGGCAGCAGUACCGGCGCAACAACGGCGGUGCCGGCCGGGGACGCGGCGCUUCCAGCUACUCAUAUGACUUCGACUACGACGAGGGGGCGGGCUCCGAUGGCGACGCUGAAGACCUGAACAAGGCGCCGCCAAGGCGCCGGCAGAGGGGCCCGGCGUACGGCUACCAGGCGCCGCUUGACGCGGAGGCAGAGGAGGAGGAGGACCAGCAGCGUGGCAGUGGGCGGGCAUACGGCGCUUUCCUGGAGGUCAACGCAGCUUGGGAUAGCGAUCCCAAGUGGCACCCGGGCGUUGCGCCGCCGGAGUGUCGGGCGCCGCGGAGCACGAUAACCAGCGAACAGCGGCUUGCGCAGCAAGGAAAGGCGCAUGGCGUUUACGCCGGCGCAAGCAACGGCGUUGCAGUGGGGUCGGCGGCGCGGCGCAUCCGGGAUGGGCGGUGGCUGACAAGCGCACUGGCGGAGGUCACGGCAGCUCCCACGCCAGCAGCGCUGAAGGACCCUCUGGACCUGCUCGCGCAGGCAGCUUGCGAGGCGCUGGCGAGUCCGAGGCCAACGCAGCAAGGGGAGGCAGAGGCAGCUGAGACGCAGCCGGCGGUCGCUGUCAAGAAGGAGGAGGGUGCGCAGGCCGACGGGUGCCGGUCGAGUGCGAGCCAUGGGGGAUCAGCGCACAGUGGCGGCGGGGCUUGUGGUGAGGAACGCGGGCAGCAGCAGAGUGGGGGCGGGCAACGGAACGCGCCAAGCCAUCGGGAACAUAGCGGCAUGCAGGCGGAGUCUGUGGAGGAGCAGGUGGGUGUAAAGCAUGAGCAGCCGUCGCUGGCAGCUGCGGAGGAGCUCACUAAGAGCCCAGCGGCGCACGCCACGCGGAACACCACCACGCCAGGGUGCGCGAGCGCGUCAACACAGAACAGCAGUGGCAGCGGCUGCGGUGCAGUGGCAGUGGACGCCAAUGGCCAUGGGGCACAGGAGUCAGCGCAGCAGCCGGAGCAGCAGCAGGGAGCUUCCUCGGGGGCUGCUGCCUGCGACUUGAACCCCGCGCCGCCUUCCCCUCAUUCCUCGGCACUGCUUGCAACGGACGCCGUAGAAUGGGGUGCGAAGACUGAAGGCGAUGCGGAAACUGAUGACGGCACCGCAAAGCCCGAUGCCGUGCACAAACCGCCAGUCGCCGCGACCACCUCUUCCGUCGCGACUGCGCCGUCCACCAUGCUGACGACCGUGC